AUGCUCCUAUCAAAAGCUGUACGAUUAUAUCGCCCGAGCGCCCGAGCGUCCUUGCCAUUUUCCAGAGGCUUGGCAACUUCGAAAGACACAACAUCCACUUUAGCAUCAAAGGACGAUCAAGACCUAGCAAAGAAGGCACAAGAUGCAGCAGAGUCUCCGAAGACCACACAAUCUCACAAGACUAUUGCUGAGCAGGAUCGAGAGCUGAUGGAGAAGCUCGCUGGCCAUUCGGAUGAAGGCGGCGCUGCAGGAGUAGAGUACGAGGAUGGCAAGCCUGUGGCGCAGAAGCGGAGUGUUAAGAACAAUAUGUUCAGGUUGAUAUAA